AUGACCCCCCUGCUUCUGCUGUGUGUGUCCUUGCCCUUCAUCUCGGCAACAGUUUUGUUUGAGCUCGAGAACCAUGACGACAUGGAUGGCACGUUGCGUGUCAGCAUCCCUAUGGAGGUGCCUCUCCGUCCUCUGCUGGGAGGCAAAGUAGUGGUACCCUGUUACUUCCAGGACAACACAGUCAAUGACCCCGGAGCUCCCACCGUUGCCCCGCUCACCCAUCGCAUCAAAUGGACCUAUGUCACCAAGGAGAAAGUCACCACAAUCCUUGUGGCAUCCGAGGGUAAAGUUAAUGUGGAGACAGAGUAUCUGGACAGGGUGACAAUGAUCAACUACCCAUUGGUGCCCACUGAUGCCACCAUUGAGAUAACUGAGCUGAGGUCCAAAGAUUCUGGAACCUACCGCUGCGAGGUGAUGCACGGCAUCGAGGACAACUAUGAUUCUGUGGACAUCCAGGUUCAGGGUAUUGUGUUCCACUACCGAGCCAUCUCCACCCGCUACACCUUGACAUUUGAGAAAGCAAAGGCAGCCUGUAUCCAGAACAGUGCCACCAUUGCCACUCCAGCCCAGCUGCAGGCUGCUUAUGAUGACGGAUACCACCAAUGUGAUGCUGGAUGGCUCUCUGAUCAGACCGUCAGGUACCCCAUCCACGAGCCAAGGGAUCGUUGCUUUGGAGACAAGGAGGACUUCCCCGGUGUGAGAACCUAUGGCGUGAGAGAUGUCAACGAGACCUACGACGUGUACUGUUUUGCUGAGAAGCUGUCAGGCAGGGUCUUCUAUUCCAUGUCUGUAGAGAAGUUUACCUUCUAUGAGGCUGGAGAUCAGUGUACCAAACUUGGCGCCCGGCUUGCCACCACUGGAGAGCUUUACCUGGCCUGGAAGGCUGGAAUGGAUGUGUGUAAUGCUGGCUGGCUGGCGGACAGAAGUGUACGCUACCCCAUCAACAUUGCUAGACCUCAGUGUGGAGGAGGACUCCUGGGAGUGAGAACCGUCUACCUGUUCCCCAACCAGACAGGAUACCCCUACCCAGACUCUCGCUACGAUGCCGUCUGCUUCCAAGCUGGUGAGGAUGCUGGUGCUGUGCCUGUGAGGACCACCCCUUUCCCAGACAUCAUCCGCAUUACACCCGCCCCUGGGAUGUACCCAAGCUUAACUCCCUCACCUGGGGUAGAGGAGAUCAAGCGUGGAGGAGUCGACACCUUCUCCCCACUGCCCAUCCCACCCAGUAUGACAGACGUAGAUGCUGCCAUGGGACCCACAGGCAUAGUGUUCCACUACCGACCUAUCACCGGUCGCUAUACUCUUACAUUUGUGGAGGCUCAGGAGGCCUGCCAGAGCGUUGGGGCGGUCAUUGCCAGCCCGCAGCAGCUGCAGGCAGCCUUUGAGAGAGGCCUGCACCAAUGUGAUGCUGGAUGGCUCCGAGACCAGACUGUCAGGUAUCCCAUCGUGUCACCCAGAGAUAACUGUGCUGGUAACCUGCCACACAUCCCAGGAGUCAGAUCCUACGGCCUAAGACCAGCUAACGAACAUUACGAUGUGUUUUGUUAUGUGGACCGUCUGCGAGGUGAGGUCUUCUUCACCAGUGACUAUGACAGCUUCUCCUUUGAGGAGGCUGUGCAGCACUGUCAGAAACUCAACACCACCCUGGCCAACCCCGGGCAGCUGUUUGCUGCCUGGAACCAAGGGCUUGACAAGUGCCGUCCUGGCUGGUUAAUGGACCGUAGUGUCCGCUACCCCAUCACAACCCCCAGGUCCCACUGUGGAGGCGGUCAGGUUGGAGUCCACAUCAUCUACGCUUACCCCAACCAGACAGGAUUCCCUGAUGAGCACUCGCGCUACGAUGCCUAUUGCUUUAAAGCUGAAACUCCUGUCGUUCAUGUUGAAAAUGAAACUGGUCUGGAUCUGACAGUGGUGACUGUGGAUAUUAUCAACAAGACAACAAUCACGGUUGAUCACUUCGCUCCCACAGUUGAAACUACUGUACACUACACUGAAACAGAAACCAGUGUAAAUAUUACAGAAAUUGAGGAGUUUAUCAACAAGACAACCACCACUACUCAGCUAGUUGCCCCUACUGUGAGACCCAUUCUGACUCCAGUCCAUGUUGAUGAGUCCGGCUCUGGUGCAAUUGAUCAUUCAGCCGGCUGGGAGAUCUCAGCGGAGUCUGGCACCUCUGGUAUCAGUGGGGAGGGCUCUGGUUCAGGACAAGACAUUAUCUUCAGUGGACGAACCGACGUCUUCUCUGGGGAGCCAUCUGCCUCUGGAGGUCCACAGGAGGCAGAAGGGGGAGGUGCUGUCAUCGUCACAUCUGGAGAACAUGAGAGUGCAUCUGGAUCUGGGGAGGGGUUAGAUAGAGAACACUCUGGCUUCGGUGUACAGGGAUCAGGUUUUCCCAGUGGAAGUGGGGACAUCGACAUUAGUGGCGGAGACUCAAGGAUCAUCAUGGUGGAUGAGAAGAUGGAGGAGGUGUCGAAAACUCACCAAAGACCCACUGAGCAGGAGUUAGGUCGGGGAGGGAUUGAUACCAGUGGGGCUUUCUUGGAAUCUGGAUCUGGAAGAAUGUCCGGGUCAGGCUCCGGUGAAUUUUCUGGCAUAUCAUUUGUGGACCACAGUGCCGUUGACCUGACAGUCCAGCCGUCUGGUGAGCAGGAGGUGUCUGGAUAUCGUCCCUUUGGCUCUGGGUUCCACGGCGGCUCUCCAAGUGGUUUUCCAUCUGGUGUUUCAGGCAGCAGCUCUGCUUCUGGGGACUAUAUCCUGCAUCGCGGGGAUGUCAUCUACCUUACAGACAACGACAUGAUGGAAGUGACCGUACCGCCACUGGAACGCCACCCUGAGCAGGGCCGAGGGGUGGUGGAGGUCAGCGGGGAAGGAAGUGCAUCAGGGAUCCAUCAUGAAUUCAGUGGCACUUAUGACCAAGGCUUGCAUUUCUCAGGAAGUGGAGCCCCUCAUAAAAAACUGACCACUGAGAAGCUUUCUAUCGCCCUGCCGCCUGGAAUGACUCACGCUGAGUACAUCGCCAGUCUUGACCAAUCGGGACACUGGGAGGAGGGUCAGGAAAGCCGUGCAGGACCUACAGAGUACGUAGUGACUCCAGAUGCAGCCUACACCAGCCCAACCACAGCACCAUCAAUGUCAUUAGCAACUCCUGCUGUAGUGGAGCAGCCAGAAGUAGUGGAAGACCCCUGUGAGCCAAACCCCUGCGGUUCAGGAACCUGCUCUGUGCAGGGAGAGCUCGCUGUGUGCCAGUGUCCUCAUGGUUUCACUGGCGAAGACUGCUCAACACCUGUGCAGGGCUGUGCAGAGGGCUGGCUGGAGUUCAUGGGCAGCUGUUACCUCCACUUUGCGGAGAGAGAUACCUGGUCUGAGGCUGAGCAACGCUGUCAGGAACUCAACGCCCACCUGGUCAGCAUCGGCUCGGUGGAGGAGCAGCAGUUUGUCAACUCCAAUGGUCAGGACUACCAGUGGAUUGGACUCAAUGACAGGGAUGUGCAGAAUGAGUUCCGCUGGACAGACGGCAGUCCUCUGACAUUUGAGAACUGGAGGCCCAACCAGCCAGAUAACUACUUCAACUCUGAGGAGGACUGUGUGGUGAUGAUCUGGCACGAGGGCGGACAGUGGAACGAUGUGCCCUGCAACUACCACCUUCCCUUCACCUGCAAGACUGGACCUGUCAUGUGCGGUGCUCCCCCUGAGGUGGAACAUGGGCGGCCGAUGGGCAGUGGCAGAGAGCGUUACCCCGUCAACUCCAUAGUCCGCUACCAGUGUGAUGCAGGCUACACACAGCGCCAUCUGCCUGUGAUACGCUGCAAGCCAGAUGGACAGUGGGAGGAGCCACAGGUGGAAUGUACAGAAGCCGGCGCCAACAGUAACAGGCUACACAAAAGAUCCCUCAGGAGAAGAAGUAAAGCGGUGAGCAGCCAACAGGAACAGAGGAAGCUGCUCUGAGCGGGAAUGAAAAGGACAUACAACAGAGAGCCACAAAGGACCCCCCCUCUUGUAAAGAAGCAUGGACACCAAUGCAAAUGCCCGACCAAAAAGAUAACAUUCCCUAUCGUGUAUAUACACACAAACACACACAAACACACACUAAAGCACAUUUAGACCGAGAUAGUGUGAUUGAUGUUUUGGAUCUUUGAGUGUCACCCUGCACCUUCUGAAGGCAGUUUUUUCUAUGUAUUUAUACUGUCUAAUUUAUAGCUGUGAUCUAGUAUUUGGAAGCAUUAGCUCAAUGCACAUGAUGACAUUUUCUGCAAUCAGUUGCCAGCACUGCACACAGAGUCAGGUAGAUAAAAUAGUGACGUAAGAGGCUUUAGAGUGACACACAAAGUCCAAAAACAGCCCAAUAAAAUAAAAGUGUUUUCGAUUGCAGCUGGAUUCUCUGAAGUCAAACACAUUGUUUCAUAGACUUUUGCUAUAUUUUUAGGGUAUUUUUCUAGAUCUGUGUGUCGUAGUAGUUUUUUAUUUCUUUUAUUCUGUCUCAAAGGACUACAAUGGUGUGCUUCAGAUUGGUGAAACAAUACUGUUUCUUACACUAUAGGCGACAACAGUGGUUCUUAGACCUUUUGGUUGUGACCCCUUGAAGGUAGAGUGUGUAGGAUUUAGUGACAUCUAGUGGGGAGUUUGCAGAAUGCAACCAACUGAAACUUCACCCAUGUGCCAAGCAUGUAGGAAAACUGGGGUACUAUCAAAAGCUAGUGUUCGGUUUGUCCGUGCUGGGCCACUGUAGAUACAUGGCACACUCCGUGGAAGGCGACCUGCUCCAUAUGUAGAUAAUGGCUCAUUCUAAGGUAAAGAAAACACAACAAUUCUUAGUUUCAGGUGAUUAUACACAAAUGAAAACAUGCAUUUCUGUCAAUAUAUCCCUCUAAAUCCUACACACCGGACCUUUUAAAUACAGCAAUGAGCACAUGUUACCCUUUUUAACCUACAAUAUGGAGAAUGUAGAAGUUAGGUUUUAUUUCAUUUGAAUAUCAGAGGAGGCGUUGAGGCUUACAGAGUUGCAUAAAAUCCCAAAUCUGAAUAAAAGCAGGGGAAAAUACAUGCCAACAUCGACAAAAUGUAUCACCAUCUUUUGUCACAACCUCAAGUUUUAGAGCCACUGUGCAACAACACCACCACAGUAUCAGACAUACUGAAAUGAUUGUGCUGUUCCAAUCGACAAUAAAUAUAGAAAUCCAAGUUUAUAAUGUGAUUAAAGUCACUGCUACAGACCUGGAUUGAAAUAAUCAGCACUCAUGCACUUUUGUCACUUCUGUGCUAAUCAUUUGAAUCCAGUGCACCUUAAACAUUAAAAAAACUCCUUAUAUAGCCAAGACAUUUUAAGAAAACUUUGCUUAAUAACAAGUGAGAUCUACAGUAUGACACUGAAUCGACUGGCUUCUCUGCCAGGAGAAGUCAUCCACCUUAUUGGGUCAUCUGUUGCAAAAAGAUGCACACCCAGGUGGGGUUUACAUUUGUGAGUUCUCAAGAGCAGUUGAUUACUUGUGUCAGCACUGUCUGAUGUGAGAAUCAUGCUUUUAAGAGAUUCAGUGUUUGCUGAGUGACGUUUCUCACUGUAAAUAUUCUCUCUACAGUUCUCUGAACAGCAGGAUCUGUCAAUACCAUACGCAGAGCAGACAGUUUAUCUGUUGAUUGAUUCAUUCAUCAUUGAUCUAUUUGUCAAUUUGUUAGUUUAAUUAGCUGGUAAGUUGCAGUUAUGAGUUUCUUAUCAAGUGGGCAUGACCUUUGAUUUUGACAGCCAGCUGAACACAAAGCCUCGGACGUCUUUUGCAGAGGUUUCUGGUUGUGAUUCGUACGACAGGGUCUUUAAAGCAUAAUGUACUUGUUAAAACUUGAGAAAUGAAACAAUUUUAGAAAAAAGAAGCUGUGAAAACAGUAAAAAAUUGUAUAGAAAUGAGAUAAAGAAGAUAGAGGUGGUGAUAAAAUGUUGACCAUGACCUUUAAAAAAGGUCAAGAUUUGCUUUUCAGCUCCGAGAGCAGAUACUUGUGUCCGUAUCUGACUUCUCACACAGCAAUUCACAAACACUGAAACAGCAACAACACAGAGGCAUACUGGUACUCUCAUGGACACACACACACACACAACUCAGUAAACAAACUACAGGAUAUGAAAGUGGGUGAGCGGGCGUGAUGACGCCACAAAGUGAAAACACCUAGCCUGUUUUAAGUUUGUACAUUUUGUACAAGUAAAUAAAUGAAUGAAGCUGAUUGGAUGGUGUGUGCUGGAAGUCUUUUACUAUUAUGUCACAGAGGGCGCUCAUAUUUCAACAUGAAGCUGACAUUUGAGUGAUUGAUAUGUAGAAGACAGUUGAAGAAAAACAGUGUAUCAGUGUUUUCAUUCUAUAACAAACUGAUUUUGACAAAUAAACCAAAAUAUGUGUAACGCUGCACACAGACACGUCUGUUGUGACUCUGUUCAGAUCCCGACUCCUGAUGUGAACAUACAGUAUG